UAUUUUGAACGUCUAAAUGACCUAGUAGCAGCACCAGCACCAAUUCCACCUCUGCUUGUAUCAGGAGGACCAGGCUCUGGGAAAUCUCUCCUUCUGUCAAAAUGGAUUCAGUUGCAACAGAAGCAUUCGCCAAACACUCUCAUUCUUUAUCACUUUGUUGGGAGGCCCAUGUCUACUAGUUCAGAAUCUGCACUGAUAAUUAAACGCCUUACUUUAAAGCUUAUGCAGCACUCUUGGUUAGUGUCACCUCUGACUUUGGAUCCAGCUAAACUUCUGGAAGAGUUUCCCCGCUGGCUGGAAAAACUUUCUGCACGUCAUCAAGGCAGCAUUAUUAUAAUUAUUGAUUCUAUUGACCAAAUACAGCAAGCUGAGAAGCACAUGAAGUGGCUGAUAGAUCCACUGCCAGUGAAUGUGAGAGUGAUUGUGUCAGUGAAUGUAGAAACAUGUCCGCAGGCUUGGAGGUUGUGGCCCACUCUUCAUCUUGAUCCACUGAAUUCCAAAGAUGUUAAAUCUCUCAUUAGUGUAGAGUGUAACUCUGCAAAUGUUAAAUUGACUAAAGAGCAGGAGAAGAAGCUUGAGAGACAUUGUCGUUCCGCCACAACUUGCAAUGCUUUGUAUGUCACUCUCUUGGGCAAAACCAUUGCUUGUGUUGGAAAUGCAGGAAAUAUCGAUGAAACCCUUCAACAAUGUUUCCAAUGUCAAGACACAGUGUCACUGUACAGGCUUGUUCUGAGAUCAAUUCAAGAAUCAUUGCAGAGUGAUAAAGAGAAAGGUCUUUUGAGAGAGAUACUGUGUAUCAUCAGUGUUAGCCACAACGGUGUGAGUGAGUCAGAGCUGAUGGAACUUUAUCCUGAACUGUCUUCUGCGGUAUUAGCCUCGCUCGUUCACAGCCUGCACAAAAUGUGUUUGCUGACAUAUGGCUGCGGUUUGCUGAAGUUCCAGCACCUCCAGGCUUGGGAGAUGGUGAGACUAGAGUAUAUGAAAGAAGGUGAAAAUGUUAUUUCUGCGUACAGACAAAAGCUAGUGGAAUAUUUCACCAUGCAGCUUAGUCGAGACCGAGUGACUUGGAGGAGUGCAGAUGAACUUCCUUGGCUCUUCCAACAACAGGGUGAUAAGCAAAAGCUGCACAAGUGUCUUUUGAAUCUCUUCGUGUCCCAAAACCUUUACAAAAGGGGACAUUUUGCAGAAUUGCUGAGUUACUGGCAGCUGGUUGGGAAAGAUAAGAGCUCUAUGGCAGCUGAGUAUUUUGACUCUCUGAAAGAAUAUGAAAAAAGCUGUGAGGGAGAGGAAAGUAUGGUCUGCCUGGCUGAUCUUUAUGAGACCCUGGGACGGUUUCUUAAGGACCUAGGUCUUCUCAGUCAGGCUGUAGCUCCUCUGCAGCGGUCUCUGGAGAUUCGAGAGACUGGGCUGGAUCCAGACCACCCAAGGGUGGCACAGUCACUCCACCAGCUAGCAGGAGUUUAUGUUCAGUGGAAGAAGUUUGGAAAUGCUGAACAGUUGUAUAAACAGGCACUGGAAAUCUCUGAGAAUGCUUACGGAGCUGAACAUCCUCGGGUAGCUCGUGAACUUGAUGCACUUGCGACCUUAUACCAAAAGCAGAACAAAUAUGAACAAGCUGAGCAACUGAGGAAGAAGUCCUUCAAAAUACGCCAAAAAGCAGCAAGGCGGAAAGGCAGUCUGUGUGGCUUUGCUCUCCUGCGUCAAAGAGCCCUGCAAUUGGAAGAGCUCACGUUAGGCAAGGAUACACCAGAUAAUGCUCGAACCCUCAAUGAGCUUGGAGUCCUCUAUUACCUGCAGAAUAAUCUUGAGACAGCAGAGCUUUUCCUGAAACGCUCCUUGGAAAUGAGAGAGAGGGUCCUGGGACCUGACCACCCAGACUGCGCGCAGUCUUUGAACAAUCUGGCAGCCUUGUACAACGAGAAGAAGCACUACGACAAGGCAGAGGAACUCUAUGAGAAAGCUUUAGACAUCAGGAGGAGAGCACUGGCUCCAGAUCAUCCCUCCUUGGCCUAUACUGUUAAACACCUGGCAGUGCUAUACAAAAAGAUGGGAAAACUUGACAAGGCUGUUCCUCUGUACGAACUAGCGGUUGAAAUUCGACAGAAGUCAUUUGGCCCAAAACACCCUAGCGUAGCAACUGCUUUGGUAAAUCUGGCUGUCCUUUAUUGUCAGAUGAAAAAGCAGAUUGAAGCUUUACCUCUUUAUGAACGUGCACUAAAGAUUUAUGAAGACAGCUUUGGUCACAUGCAUCCUCGUGUUGGGGAAACUCUGAAAAACUUGGCUGUGCUAAGCUACGAAGGGGGAGACUUUGAGAAGGCAGCUGAACUUUACAAGAGAGCUAUGGAAAUAAAAGAAGCAGAGACUUUGUUGAUAGGUGGGAAAGCAACUUCUCGGCACUCCUCAAGUGGCGAUACAUUCAGCUUAAAAAGUGCAUUGUCACCAAACAUUUUCCUGGAACAUGGACAAAGGUGAUACAAACCUGCCUAAAGAAAAGGCAGUCUCUAUUGCUGUUUUAAAGCAGACGUAAAAUUAAGACAAAUCUAUCUUUCCUAGAGUAAUGUACAAUUUUGGGACUGACACCUGUCUUCCUGAAUGACAGGGGAACAAACAUUUGAGCUUGAAAUCCUUCCAUGUUAACUUUGCAGACUGUAUGGUACAAAGUGAGCUUCUUGCAUUGUAUAUAGGCAUGCGUAGUAAAUACUAGCUCAACUUAUAGCUAAUACCAAAAAAGUGGAUUUGAUACCUCAUAGCCCGACUGCCAGGAUUAGAACAA